UGUAGUUGAGCAGUGAGGGAACAGAUGUGAGAGGAUAACUACUCGUCUUGUUUGUAUUGUAUGUUUUGUCUAUUUAACAAGCAGUAUUUAAAGGGGAAAAGAUAAUUAUGUCGUUCUUUCGACAAAUGUGUAUUAUUUCAAGAAGAUUUCACGGAAUCAAGGGUUGCAAAGUGUUGAAGCUCCACAGCAGAUGUUUCUCUACACCAUUGGACUCUUUCAAGUUUGCAGACCUUGAAAUUAUUAAAGCCAAACCUUCGGAGAUGAGUACCAAGCCUGAUAGUAAUCACCUAAUCUUUGGAAGACACUUUAGUGACCACAUGCUGGAGGUAGAAUGGACAGCUGCAGGAGGUUGGAGAGUUCCUCGAAUCUGUCCCGUUCAUAACCUGUCUCUACACCCUGGUGCAAAGGUCUUGCACUAUGCUCAAGAGCUGUUUGAAGGCAUGAAAGCUUUCAGAGGGGAGGACAACAAGAUUAGGUUAUUCCGACCAGAUCUUAAUAUGAAAAGAAUGAGAACUUCGGCAGAGAGAUGCAGUUUUCCAGAUUUUGAUGGUAAAGAACUUAUUAAAUGUAUAAGAAAACUGAUUAGUUUGGACCAGGAAUGGGUGCCUUAUAGUUCUUCUUCUUCACUCUAUAUACGUCCUACAUUUAUUGGUAUAGAGCCUUCUCUUGGCGUAGCUGCAGCAAACAGAGCUCUUCUCUUUGUUAUAACAGGCCCAGUUGGUCCAUAUUUUGCUACAGGAGUGAAGCCUGUCUCCUUGCUGGCAGACCCUAAAUUUGUACGUGCAUGGCCUGGAGGGGUUGGAGACAAGAAGAUGGGAUCAAAUUAUGGCCCAACAAUUUACAUCCAGAAACAUGCAGAAAAAAUGAAUUUACAGCAAGUGUUGUGGAUAUUUGGAGAAGAUCAUCAGUUAACAGAAGUGGGAACAAUGAACAUAUUUGUACUGUUAAUAAAUGAAAAAGGAGAGAAAGAGUUAGUAACACCCCCUCUGAAUGGAUUAAUUCUUCCUGGUGUGACCAGACAGAGCUUGUUAGAUCUAGCCAAAACAUGGAAUGAGUUGAAGGUGUCGGAAAGAGUGAUAACCAUGAAAGAAGUACUAGAUGCUCUAAAGGAAAAUCGGCUACUAGAGAUUUUUGGAAGUGGCACAGCAUGUAUAGUGUGCCCUGUGAACCGUAUACAUUACAUGGGACAUGAUUAUCACAUCCCUACCAUGGAACAUGUUCAACCAUUGAACCUGAGAUUUCUCAAAACACUAACUGAUAUUCAGUAUGGUAGGAUACCACAUAAAUGGGCAGAGGAGAUUGAAGAUGUACCUGGGAUUCAUUUGGAGUCUGUGGAAGAAAGGGUUUAGUUAUGUCUCUCUCUCUCUCUCUCUUCGUGCUGUGAUACCUGUAUAGAAAAGAAUAGCUAGUUUUUAGCUACAAGUUCUUUUAAACUUGCAUUUUAAAUUUCCUUAGAGUAUUCCUUGAAUAUUUACUAGAGUAUGACUGGCCCUUUUUGCCACUAUUGUUAAGUAAAUUUUCAAGGUUCUCUUGGUUAAUGAUCCAACCAGACAGCCAGUGGGGAACAUGUACACAGAAAGCCAGUGACAUGCUGUGGAACUCUUGUGUAAAUUAUUAAUGAGCACAUCUUUUAAUCUUCCAAUUUUUCUUUUCAAAUCCUUUAAGUGGAAUCUAAUAGUGGAAUUAUCUAAACUUUAGAAUGAAUUCUAAAAUCAGUUGUUGCUUUGCAAUUGUUUCAGACAGAGAAAGCACUUUAUUUACAUUUAACUUCUAGUUGAUUGUUUUGUUAGUCUUUUAAAAAUCCAGUUUUUUGCAUUUUGUCUAUUGUAAUCCACCCUUAGAAGGUGUAAAACUAACAUAUACCUCAUCACAGUAACUAUACAUGUAAAGGAACAUUGUUCUUACAUGAAUACUGAUAAAGUUCAAUUUUUAUCAAUUAUUUAGAAAAACAAAAUUGGCAAGCCUCCUUUCAAAUUAUUGGAUGCACUGCAACACUAUUUGAUACAAAAUGUGUAUUUACUGAAGUAUUCUAUUCGGUGUCUCUUAAUUAAAAUCUAGUAAAUUUUACGUGAAAUAAAACUGAUUUAGUUGUGUAGGAUAAAAAAAAUGUAUUUGUUAUUUUUUGUAAAAUGAGUGAUAGUUUGAUGUGAUAGGUACUAAUUUUAUUAUUUUCUGUUAAUCAGCUUUUGUGUUCAGUUAUUAAACAAAUAAUUUAGUGGUUGUGAUACAUAAUCUAUUAAAAUACAUAUCAUUUUGUAAUUAUUUAAUGUGUUUACAGUAGUAAUUGUAUAGCAUAAAUAUUUUGUGGUAAGAUGUCUUUGAUUAAACUGCUUUGUUAUGCUUGACCUAAUGAGCAUCUUCCAUUUCUAUCAACAAAGCUUCCUUUCAAAACCACUUUAAAGAUUUUCAUUUUUUAAAAAGACAGACUUAAAUAAAACAUUUUUUCAAACAAGAACAAGAGUACAAACCAUAUUUAAGGGAACCACAGGAGUUAUUUUAAAUUACAAAUAUACAAGACUUAAUUAAACAGAUACCAGACUUAGAAGUAUACUGCACUUAACCUAGGUUAGACUUGCAAGUUAAUGUUAUAUGAGAAUUGGUUAUAGAAGAAUAUGCAAGUCACUAAUAAAUAUUUCCUGAAUUGAAUAGUCAGUAACAGUAUAAAGAUAUUUCCCAAAUAAUAUGAUUUCGCCUUUGAAUAAAAUAUAUUAAAUUAGAUAACAAGAGUGUUCAAAGUUGUGAGAACAUAUAACUAACCUGAAAGCACCAUUAGCUGUUUCCAGAAUUUGUAUAAACAAAAAGCAACUAUAUAGUUGGUAGUUUUAUACCUUAGCAUUUUAUUUAAAUAGGAUUUGAAAAACAUCAAAACUCAACGUUCAUAGCUAUGAAAAUUUCUAAAAAGUAUGCAUAAAUCUUGUUAUUUAUGUAAAGUAUAUUAAUUAAUGAUGCUAAUAUAGCUAUAAAAUAAAGAUCCAGAAGAACUGAAUGUUUAAUUCAAGGAUAAUUUGCUUUGUCAAAAUAGAAUAUACUAGUUUUCCACCACAGAAAUAAUAUUUAUUCAUAAACACUUAUUGUUAAGUCUAAAUAGAUAAAUACUUUAAUCUUUUGUUCAGUUGCUGAUUAAAUAUUUUAUUAAAAACAAAAUACAGCUGGUAUAAAUAAAUUUCUUAGAGGAAAUACAUGAUAAAAUAAUGGUUGUUACUGUCUUGAAGAACAAUGAUUGCAGCACAUUAAUUUACAGUACAGACAUUUUGAGACUUCUUUUAAAGCUGCAGCCAUUUAAAUAAUAUAUAUAUACAUACACACACACACUCACACAUUGAAUAUUUAAAUAAAGGACUGAAGUCAUUUUAUUUUUGAGUAGCUAGUGAUAUUUAAGCAACUGGUUUUUACAGGUAUUAUUUGGUUGCUGUUUACUUCACAUCUUUGCCAAGUUUUUUUUAAGAUUAGGAAACAUUUAGAAAGUUUAGAUUAGUCAGUAUAUAUAUUUGUUUUUAAAGAAUUGUUUUGGUGAAUGGUAAAUAAAUGUUUAAUUUUUAAUACCUUGGAUUUAAAUGAGGCAGUUGGAAGGAUAGUAAUGAUAUUUUAUUAAUUUUUUGUUAAAUGUUAAUUUGUUUCUUCCGUAAGCUCAGAUACAUUGCUCAAUUUUUCAUUUGAACCAUUUUUUCUUUCAAGAUUUUAGCAGAAAAGUUUGAUAAAUUCUUUAAAAUUCUAUAAAUUGUAAAUGUGAUCUGAUACACAUAAUUAAAUAAUGUAACUUUAAUCUGCCUUGAAAUAUAAAAAAAAUUAUUACACAUUUGACGUUUUUUUCUCUUGAUAUAUUUUGGUGUUAUGUAUGUGUUUUGUAAUUAGUAUUAUAGGAAGUGGUCAUUGCUUCAGGGUUUUUUGAAAUAAUAAACAGCACUUUAUACUUCAA